AUGACUGAUAAUUAUAUCAAACAACUCGUCUGUCGUUUCGAGGAUACAAUUUUGACUGAAUGUGGACAAAAUAAAGAUGAGAGCACAAAAGUAAACGAUCAACAUAUUGGAAUCAAUGCAACUGAACUUUUAAAGCCAAAAAUUAACAAAAUUGAGAAGGAUUUACUUGAAAUUUAUUUUAAAUCUGAGGUAGAUCAUGCACUAGAAUUACUUGAGUUCAACAUUGUUGUUAUUGGUUCACCACGUGUCGGUAAAAGUGAACUCAUCAAUACAUUAUGUGGUGGCAAAAAACUAGCUGAAACAAGUACAAGUUUAACCUCAUGUACAAAAGAAAUAAAAAAAUAUGUGUUAGAAGGUGAUCAAACGCAAGCGUCUGAAAUUACUCCAUCUCAGGUUAACUUUUAUGAUACGCCCGGUCUCGAAUCAUGGAUUGAUGAAGGAGGACAAAAAUGCAUGUUUGAAUUGAUCGAGAAGACAAAUCCAAUUUGUAUCAUUUAUUGUGCUUCUCCAGGUUCAUUUGCUGAUUUAUUACAACUUCGUCCUGUACUACAGAAUUGUAAUGAUCGAAAUAUAUUUUGUGCUCUUGUGUGUACUAAUAUGUGGUCUAGUAAUAGACGACAAAAAGUAAUUGAAGAAUUUCAAAAUGAACUCUCAAUAUUCGGAACACAAAAUGAUAUGUAUUCGGAUCAAUUUAAUUCUAAAAUUCAACAUAAAAUAUCGUUUUUCGGCAAUGGUACCCUUUGUACAAUGAUAAAGAUUUUCACAUACAUGACAAAAGAUUUUAAUAUCAUCGUUUGUGGUUCACCGCGCGUUGGUAAGAGUACUCUUAUUAAUGCUUUGUGCGGUAAAGAAGUAGCUAAAACAAGUAACAGCUUAAAGUCAUGCACGGAUAAACUUGAGAAAUAUGUACACAAAGGAGAACAACCAGCGAAUGAUGGAGUUUCGCCGCCAAUUCAAUAUUCCAUUACCUUUUGGGACACACCCGGUAUUGAAUCAUGGUCUGAAAAUGAUGUUCGACAACAUUUUACCAAUAUUAUGCAUGAAAGUAAUCCAAUUUGCAUGAUCUAUUGUGCGUCGCCUGGUUCAUUUCUUCUACUAGAACAAUUAAAAUGGCUUGUUGAUACAUGUAUUCAAUCCAAGAUUUUCUGUGCACUUGUUUGUACCAACAAAUAUUCUGGAGGUUCUCAGAAACGUGCACAAGUUAUGGAAGAUUUUCAAUCGCUCUUCAACGAACGUUAUGUUAUGAUAAAAGAUGAAUCAAAUGUCAAGUAUUUUACUGAUGUAGCUUUAUGUACAGCAGUAAAUAGUAUUGUGUAUGAAGAUCAAGAAUUGGAUAUCAGGAAAGAUAUUGAAGGUAUUAAUGAGCUUAUUUUUGGCAUGAUGACUUCGUUGAAAGACAACAAACUUGUUGGAUGGUGUUAUACUGUCGCUGAAAAUGAUACUUUUUGGACGACUAUGAAGGUAAAACUGGAAGAAUUCUUUCGAGAAUAUCGACCGGCUAUGAAGUUUUGUAUCCAACAAGUUGGUAAGAUAAUUGCAACAACUUUAAUUGAGUUCAUUUUGAACACAAACUCUUAA